CCUCGGAACACGGAGGAGAGCAUCUGAUGCCGUGAACAUCACACUGCCUCAGCGCUCCAGGCGAUGGAUGUACUAUUUGGCAGGAAUAAGAAAGAACAGCUGGAGCCUGUGAGGGCCACGGUGACAGGCAAGAUUCCAACGUGGCUGCAGGGAACGCUGCUUCGCAAUGGGCCUGGGAUGCACACGGUGGGGGAGACCAGCUACAACCACUGGUUUGACGGCCUGGCCUUGCUCCACAGCUUUGCCAUCAAAGACGGUGAAGUCUAUUACAGGAGCAAAUACCUGAGAAGUGAUACCUACAACGCCAACAUCGAGGCAAACAGGAUUGUGGUGUCAGAGUUUGGGACGAUGGCCUAUCCAGACCCUUGCAAAAACAUAUUUUCCAAAGCUUUCUCCUACUUGUCUCACACCAUCCCCGAUUUCACAGACAACUGCCUGAUCAACAUUAUGAAGUGUGGAGAAGAUUUCUAUGCCACCACAGAGACUAAUUAUAUCAGGAAAAUCAACCCACAGACUCUGGAAACCCUGGAGAAGGUUGAUUAUCGUAAAUAUGUGGCUGUCAAUCUGGCAACUUCACAUCCUCAUUACGAUGAAGCUGGAAACAUCCUCAACAUGGGCACAUCCAUUGUGGACAAGGGGAAGACGAAGUACGUGAUAUUCAAGAUCCCUGCUGCAGCGCCAGAUGCCAGGAAGAAGGGGACAAGUCCCUUGAAGCGCACAGAGGUGUACUGCUCCAUCCCGUCCCACUCCCUCCUUUCCCCGAGCUACUACCACAGCUUCGGCAUCACCAAGAACUACGUCAUCUUUCUCGAGCAGCCCUUCAGGUUGGAUAUUCUCAAGAUGGCCACCGCGUACAUCAGGGGAGUGAACUGGGCCUCCUGCCUGGCCUUCCAUGGGGAGGACAAGACGUACAUCCACAUCAUCGACCAGAGGACCAGAAAGCCUGUGCAGAUGAAGUUUUACACAGACCCCAUGGUGGUCUUCCACCACGUCAACGCCUACGAAGAGGAUGGCUGCAUCCUGUUUGACGUGGUCGCCUACGAGGACAACAGCCUCUACCAGCUCUUCUACCUGGCCAACCUGAACCAGAACUUCAACGAACACUCCAGGCUCACCUCCUUCCCUACCCUCAGGAGGUUUGCCGUGCCCCUCCACGUGGACAAGAAUGCGGAAGUGGGCUCAAAUUUAAUCAAAGUGGCAUCUACUACAGCGACAGCCCUGAAGGAAAAAGAUGACCAAAUCUACUGCCAGCCAGAAUUGCUCUUUGAAGGCUUAGAGCUUCCACGGAUCAAUUAUGCUCACAAUGGGAAGCCAUACCGAUACAUCUUUGCCGCAGAGGUUGAGUGGAGUCCAGUCCCAACCAAGAUUAUAAAGUACGACAUUCUCACAAAGUCAUCCAUCAGAUGGGGAGAGGAGAACUGCUGGCCGGCGGAACCUCUGUUCGUGCCCACGCCAGGGGCCAAGGAUGAGGAUGAUGGAGUCAUCCUAUCAACUGUUAUCUCUACCGAUCCCCAGAAGCAGCCUUUUCUGCUUAUUCUGGAUGCCAAAAGUUUCACGGAAGUGGCUCGUGCCUUUGUCGACGUGGACAUGCACCUGGAUCUCCAUGGGAUAUUCAUCCCGGGCGCAGACUGGGACGCAAGGAAGCAGGCCCCUUCCCAGAAGCCACGGGAUAGAGAUUCAGACGGCGUGGCCCCACAGACCUGA